AUGGCCGAUGGAAUGCAAGUGCGCGAGGAGCUGCUGCGGCGGUUCAUCGAGUCUGGGGAGCGCGAGCGGCUGCAAGAGAUCCUGCGCAAUAAGCUGCUGGCAAGUGGCUGGCAAGACCGGGUCAAAGACAGGUGCCAGCGGAUAAUCCGCGAGAGCGAGAAUGGCGCCGACAAGGUUACCGUCGACGAGAUUGCCGAGAAAGUCACUCCGUAUGCGCGCGCCGAGGUGCCUGAGGAUAUCAAGAGCGAGUUCCUGGAACAGGCCCGGGCAUUUGUCUACCGGUCACUCCCCGACACAGAAAACUGA